CCAGAACAUCUUAGAAGAGUGAGAGAGUAGAGCUAUCAUCUUAUCUCUGAUUUGCCCAUUCAUGUACCAGGAAGAAGAGCAAAGUUCUAAUGGUCCUGUAAAGAAGUCUAUGCGGGAGAAGGCUGUUGAGCGAAGAAAUGUUAAUAAAGAGCAUAACAGUAACUUUAAAGCUGGCUAUAUUCCAAUUGAUGAAGAUCGGCUCCAUAAAACUGGCCUCAGAGGAAGAAAGGGCAAUUUAGCCAUCUGUGUGAUUGUUCUCCUUUUUAUCUUGGCUGUCAUCAAUUUAAUUAUAACACUUGUUAUCUGGGCUGUGAUCCGUAUUGGACCCAAUGGCUGUGACAGUAUGGAAUUCCAUGAGAGUGGUCUGCUGCGAUUUAAACAAGUAUCUGAUAUGGGAGUUAUACAUCCUCUUUAUAAGAGCACAGUAGGAGGCAGACGUAAUGAAAAUUUGGUUAUCACUGGCAAUAACCAACCGAUUGUUUUUCAGCAAGGAACAACGAAACUCAGUAUAGAAAAGAACAAAACUUCUAUUACAAGUGACAUUGGCAUGCAGUUUUUUGACCCAAGGACUCAAAAUAUUUUAUUCAGUACAGACUAUGAAACCCAUGAAUUUCAUUUGCCAAGUGGAGUAAAGAGCUUAAAUGUACAAAAAGCAUCUACUGAAAGGAUUACCAGUAAUGCUACAAGUGAUUUAAAUAUAAAAGUUGAUGGACGUGCCAUUGUCCGUGGAAAUGAAGGUGUAUUCAUUAUGGGCAAAACCAUUGAAUUUCACGUGGGUGGUAAUAUGGAAUUAAAAGCUGAACACAGCAUCAUCCUAAAUGGAUCUGUGAUGGUCAGCACCUCUCGCCUACCAAGUUCUUCCUUUGGAGAUCAGUUAAAUAAUGGUGACUGGGUACGCUACAAGCUGUGUAUGUGUGCAGAUGGAACUCUGUUCAAAGUACAGGUGACAGGCCAAAAUAUGGGCUGCCAAAUCUCAGACAACCCUUGUGGAAACACACAUUAGAUGAGCUGGAGAGAGAGAGAGAAAGUCAUCAGUGUGUUUAUACUUGUCUUUCCUUUUUUUUUAACUGCAUGCAUGCAAGCCAUCGUUUUUACAGAGUUUAUGAUAAUGCAUUGUAGUUAUCUUAACUGCCAAGCAUUCAUAGAUUUGUUAAAUAACCUCUAAAUUUAAAAUAUUCUGAAUGAAAAUAGCCAGAACCUUAAAAUUUUUCAUUCAAUUAUACUGUGCUGGGUAUCAGACAAACCUGUUUUUAAAUAUUAUGAGAAAUAAAUAAAAUCAAAAUGAGACAUUUCAAGAAAAAUGUUUUUUAAACAUAAUUUCUUGUCCACAGAACAAAGGGCUGGUUUAGCUGUUAGACUCAGUAUAAGUAAGCUUUUGAUAAUUAUGAGGACUGACCACUCACUGAAUUAUUAAAAAGAUAUACAAUGUGUAUAUACAUAUAUUUUUAAAAUCUGGAAAAAUUAAAAUUUUAUUUAUAGACUCUAUGUGGUUUGGGCUUCUAAGAAUAAUGACUUGAGAUUUCAUACUGAAUUAAUCAUGGGCCAGAGUCUCUCUUACAUGUCAGUGAGAUCAAAGGAAUUUUAAACAAAUGUGAUGUGUAAUAAGAAAAUAGAAACCUAGUUAGGAGUCCUGAAGAAAAUAUUUUGUGACAUAAGAUUUUUACUUAAAGUACUGUUAAGCAUUACUAUACUAUCACGUAAUACUAAUUCAGUGUUUCAUUCUGGUAGUACUGCAUGAAUAAUAUAAGGAAAUGUUUUAAUAUCUAAUCUGAAGCUCUAAGAAGAUGAAAAAGAAGGUAUUUGGUCUUCAAAAGACCAAUUCAAACUAACCUAUAAGGUUUUGUGUGUGUGUCUGUGUUUUUUUUAAGAAAACAAAAUUUAUUCACCUAAGUAGAACAGAAGAGAUAGUAAAUAAAUUUCAAGUCAGUCAAGAAAAUUUGACUAGUCAUUGCCAAAUUUAAAAAUCAGAAAUAAGCUGGUUCCAAAGCAUUGCACUAAAAUAAGCCCUAUACAGUUGUUUUCCAUAGUAGAGAAUAACACAAACAAUAUUUAAAUUAGUAAAGUAGGCUUACAGUCUCCACUCUUAAAAUCCUCCUCUACUCCCCAUUCUACCAAUAGUUCAAUUGUGUUUAGCACAUUUCUUAUUUGUACUAUUAUUAUUUCGUUAAAUAUUAUUUAUAUAUAGGCCAAACAAGCCCCUUUAAGGGACCCUUAAAGUGAGUUAUUGGCCUACUGUUAGUCAUCAGUGAUGAACCACAGGCUCCACCUAUUUCUUUUUUAUCCAGGAAAUAGGUUUAAACUUACAUUUACAUAGUGUUUUAAUCUAGCAAGCAUUUUUUAAUGAUUGCUUAUAUUGUGUGGACAAAGAAGUCAAAAAAAAACCCACCAGUAUUUGUUAGUGUUACUGUUGUCUAUGUAAAUAGUUUAAAAGCAAAAUAUUCAUCAAAACCUGAACACUACCGUGGGUUCAUUAAAUUUAAUUGAAAUAACCAUUGAAUCCUUUCCUAAUCCUGAAAGUUGCACUUUAAAUAUUUAUAAUAGAAUUGUGGCCUCUAUUAAUUAUUGCAGCAAUUUUGCUAGCACUUUGCCCUUCCAUAUAUACUCCACUUGGAAAUCUCGUUAAAUUCAAGUUCCCCCUGCUAUUCUUUUUACAUAGUUAUAUGCUUUAUUCAGAUUUAUUAAAAUAAAUAUUUUAUACAAACUG